AGCCUGGUCAUCUCUAUGUGAAGGAGAUGUCGUGCUUCCAUUGACUCUUUUCCUUAUAUGAACUGUAACUCAAUAUUUUAAAUUGUUGCGUUUAUAUUUUUGUUCACUGUAUAUAGGCUUAUGUCCACAAUAGUCUGUUAGAAUCAGCGCACACACAGUCUGUUGACUUUCUCUUUUCCGAAUUUUAGAGCAGUGCUCAGCUAGCUCUCAAUUUGACGUUGUCAUCGGGUGUACUCAACCGAGAGGGAAUCCAUUGCCCUGGAUAACUGUAACUACGUCUGCUGCUGUACCCACACUUCCGCUCUGCAAGAGGCACGCGUCCAGGCAUUCACCGACACAAAGAAAGGUCGUUAUGUCGGAUGAGGAUUCGCGUGCCAGCGUUAGUUCUUCUUCCUCAAUUUAUCAACAGUUAAAAAUAAACGCGCCUAAGAAACGAGCAGAAAGCAAAGCCAUCAUGAACAAGACCUCCAAACUCCUCUCCACCAGCGCCAAAAGAAUUCAGAAGGAGUUGGCUGACAUUACUUUGGAUCCACCACCGAACUGCAGUGCGGGUCCAAAAGGAGACUACAUCUAUGAGUGGAGAUCCACCAUCCUGGGGCCACCAGGCUCUGUGUACGAGGGAGGGGUCUUCUUCCUAGAUAUCACCUUUACACCAGACUACCCCUUCAAACCACCCAAGGUGACGUUCCGUACCAGGAUCUACCACUGUAACAUCAACAGUCAGGGUGUGAUCUGUCUGGACAUCCUGAAGGACAACUGGAGCCCCGCCCUCACCAUCUCCAAGGUGCUGCUGUCCAUCUGCUCCCUGCUCACUGACUGCAACCCUGGUAAGACCUAAGACACCAUAUACUACUAUAAUCUGACCCUCUGGUAGGAAGCAUCGCCACCCAAUACACAACCAACAGACCAGAGCACGACAGGAUAGCCAAACAGUGGACCAAGAGAUACGCCACAUAGAUACACAGGACUGGGUCGUAUUCAUUAGGCACUACAUGGACUUGUCCAAUAACAAAAGUUCAUUUGUUUCCCAUAGCCAAACGUUUUCUGUUGCAUGCCCUAACAACUACGACCCUGGGCAACAUGAGAGGGGGAGGUUAGGGGGUGUCAGAGCUCCUUCUGGGAUGGAGUGGGGGGGGAACAGGAAGGGUAGAGAAUAGGGGAGGAUAUUUAUCUUGGAAUUUAGUCUUCAUCUCCUGAUAUUUUGUUUAUGGUAUUUAAGUUCUCCGACCUGUAUAUUAGCAUCUAUUUUGGCAAUAAUGCUUUUCAAUGUGUUUCCUUGAAGUUCUUUAAAAUUAUUUAAUUUUUAGCUAAUUGUGCUUCGAAAGGAAAUGAAUUCUACAUGUUUGGUCUGUUUAUAUCAACCUGUCACACACAGCAUGGUUUCCUGGUAGAAUUCCAAAUCUAAUUUCAGUGUGAAUUUUUCAGAUAUUAGUUACCAUUGGUGUAAGCCCUCUUGCAUGUCUAUCUGAAACAUUCAUAUUGUAGCCUAUACAGCACAAUGUCUAGGUGGGAAAGUUGUGCUUCAUGUCUUGCUGAUUUCUUUAAAUAACAGUCCCUCCAUUUUAUUGUUCAAUUGAAAUACAUGCAUAUGUCAAACAAUGGACAACAAUAAAAAAUAAGUAGCA